AGCCGAAGCUGAAUCCACAAGUCAAGAUAACACGGAAAUAUGAUCACAAAGCUAGCGAUCCAACAAGAUAAACUGCGGUUUUUCAUUUCACGAAGAGACAGGUACUUUAUCGCCUUUUUCAACAUGUUUCUAUCCAUCCGUGGCUGUAUGUGAUGUUGUUAGAGGAUGCAUAUGCAUAUGGCUCUCAAGUACUACAAUCCGAUGCUUCGUUUAGUAAAAUAUUCCGAUUAUUUCGGUCAAAUGAACGACAAGAAAUUCCUUGUGAUGUAAAAAACAGAGAUAUACGAUCCAUUAGACCUCUCCGUGAUCAGUAUUUGUUAGGUGGUGAGGGGGAAAUGACCAAGGAGGAUGUGCUGAGAGAGUCCUCAGAAGGAGACUUGGUCCAAGGGCGAUACAGCAUAAUUUCACGUUCUUCAGACCGACCGGUAAUUCAUCCGGUGGCGUCAGCGCCCAUGCCUACAGAUUGUGAGUUCUCCUUCUUUGACCCGAAUGAUCCACAAUGUCAAGAGGUUCUGUUGGACCCUGGGACUACGGUGUCCGAGCUCUUCGGUAUUCUCAGGCAGUGGGUUCCCCAAGUCCAGCGGAACAUUAGUUUGAUAGGCAACGAGAUUCUGAAGAGAGGAUGUGGCGUCAAUGACAGAGAUGGUCUCACUGACAUGACUUUACUUCACUACUGUUGCAAAGCAGGAGCCCCCGGAAUAGGUGAUGCUGAGUGUGCAGCCAGUUUCGCCCGUCAGCUGCUGUCUCUGGGAGCCGAACCGUCCUCACGCAGUCGCUGGACGAACAUGAAUGCCCUUCACUACGCUGCAUAUUUUGAUGUUCCUCCACUCAUCCGGGUGGUUCUGCAGGCUUCACAGCCGGGAGAGGUGGACUCAACCUGCAGUGAUUUUGACUUUGGCACUGCCUUGCAUAUUGCUGCAUCGAACCUGUGCAUUUCUGCAGUGAAGUGUUUGCUGGAACUGGGAGCCAAUCCCGCUUUUAGGAAUGAAAAAAGUCAGUGUCCAGCUGAUGUUGUUCCAGACCCUCUAGACAUGCCCCUGGAAAUAGCUGACGCAGCAGGCCAAGCCAAAGAGUUGCGUGCAUUGCUGCAGGAAGUGCUCCCCUGGCCAGAAGCUCCUCUUCUACAUGUCCGACCUCCCAGCCUCCUUUCAGACAAGGCCUGUACCCAGCUUUCAAGUAUGGGCCUUCACCUUGGAGACAAAGUAGUCAUCGCUGGUCAAAAGGUUGGUAGGCUACGGUUCUGCGGCAGUACUGAAUUUUCCGGUGGUCUUUGGGCUGGAGUGGAGCUUCACCAACCGGUGGGCAAAAAUGAUGGAUCAGUGGCUGGCGUCCAGUACUUCAGUUGCCCUAAUAAGCAUGGAAUCUUCGCCCCCCUUUCUAAAAUCAGCAAGCUCUUUGAGCGCAGCAAAGAGAUUUCCCGCCAGCCUUACACUCCUGUUCCCCGCCCAAGACGCAUUGACUUGGCACGGGUCACGUCAAAGGUCAACACAGGUCUUUCACGCAGUUGCUCCACCUCCUCAUCGUCUCUGGACUCCAGACAAACUUCAUCCAGGCGAGCACAACGGCCACGUUCACGGCAAAGAACACCACUGAGUCCAUGGCAAGAACGGACCCCUCCGAGUACCAGAUUUACCCCACAACCACCCCCCUCUCUAACCACCACCCAACACCCUGUUAAUGCUCGCAGCAGGACCCCCUCAGCGAACAGCAUGGCACAUGAGAACGCAGAGGUGCAUUUGGGGGAGCGUGUAAUAGUGGUUGGGCAGAGGACGGGAAUCAUCCGGUUUCACGGCAAGACUAGUUUUGCUCCAGGAUUUUGGUUGGGGAUUGAGUUGGACAAGCCGAGCGGAAAGAAUGACGGCUCAGUCGGAGGAGUGCGAUACUUUAGCUGUCCCCCAAAACAUGGAGUCUUUGCCCCACCCUCACGAGUUCAGAGGAUUCAUGGCUCAGUGGACUGUCUGUCGGAGCUGUCCUCGUCUCGGAUGAGCUAUUCUUUCACAGGAAUCCGUCGCACUCUUAGCACUUCCUCGGCCAUUGCCACAGAGAGAGAACCAAAUCGAAAAGGUACCAGGAACCGUUCCUCUAACCUGCGACGACGUUGGAGCACGAUAAGUGCAGGAUGGGGGGCAUCAAAGGCAAACUGUAGCAUUGGGCCAGUGGCCAACAGUGUGGGUGGCACAACUAGUUCCUCUGGCUCAGAUGGCGCUGUGAAACUCCACUUGGGUAUGCAGGUCUUGCUAAUUAGUGCCAAUGAGAUGGGCAUCAUCCGCUACAUUGGCACAGCAGACUUUGCCCACGGCCUCUGGCUGGGUCUUGAGCUGCGGAGUCCAAAGGGAAGAAAUGAUGGUUGUGUGGGCAUCCGACGCUACUUUAGUUGUCGGCCUGGCCAUGGGGUUCUGGUCCGGCCCAGUAGGGUCACGUACCGCGGAAUCAGUGGAGCCAAGCUGGUGGAUGAAUGCUGCUAAGACCCUCACACACACACCAGAAUCAUCUCACCACCCAUCUGUUUUAUUCUUAAUUUUGUUUUUAUGAACUUCUUUGAACUUUUCAGCCAAUCUAAAGAAUAUAAUCUUGAACUCACUUAUUGAAACUUCUUAGACAUUCACAUCUGAAAUUUCCUCAAAUGUUCAUAUCAGAUCUUUUUGGGUGAAAAUUAAACAGUAGCAUUCUGUGAGCACUUUAAUAAAGAAAAUAAAAGGAAAAGAAAAGAAAAAGAAUGCCUUACAUAGCAGCAGUCAUGAAGCCGAUUUGAUCACUGAAAUGUGAAUAAAUUAGCUCCUCAAAACAUUCCUAAAAUCCUUGAGAAGUUCUAACAAUAGACCAGAACAGUUUCAACUCUUAUCAAUAGAACCAACUUUAUAACAUGGCACUGCAAUCAUCCGUUCCUGUUCAAGAGCAUAUAUGAUUAAAAAAUAGGCACUUUAAUCUAUCAUAAUCUAUGAUCUAAUCAGUUAUUAUAGUUGGAUAAUCUAAACUGUUGAUUGAACUUGAUUGUUCCACAGAUGAUGAAGCGUUUUUUCUGAUAGGGUUAAUAACAGUAGGUUUUCAUUUUGGCUAAAAUGUCACCCUUUAGUUAAAGUUAUACAUUGCCCAGAAGAUCUAGACUAAAUCAAGACUUGAAGAUUUGCCAUCAAUUGUUGGAUUAAACCAAUAUCAUAGGCAUGGAUGUGUCGGAUAAUUUGGUUCUGUUUAUCGAAGAUUAUAAUUUCAGAGGCAAAGAUUUGUUAAAAUGAUUCAUUAUAAUAAACUAAUCAGUAUUAUUCAAAUUGUAAUUCCUGAAAUUCUGUUAAUUUAGAAACAAGGUAGAAGUUUGCACUCUCUAUAUUUGUUUACAUUGAUAUUACGGUUUUAAGUAUGUUAAUCAGAAAGUCUCCUAUAAAGAUUUUCCUAAUAAUUGCUUUUCUAAAAAAAUGAAACUAUUAUUCAUCCUAAAACUAAGUUACAAAAGGGAACUGUAGCCUUUUGUAGGGAACUGUAGGGAAUUUUUACAUUUCAGUUUAUUUAAUUUAUUAAUUUAUUCUUAUUUUUCCUCACAUCAUUAAAGCCGUUUUCUAAAAGACUUAAUUUUGUCAACAAUCUCUAGUCUAGGUUUCAUUUUUUUUAUAUAAAAAUAGGAAUAUGUUUGUGUUCUUUAGACUCAACGUUGCUUUUGAUUUGUCUGAACCAUCCCCCAAACUUAUAAUAUCUACUCAUAAAGAGUUACCCACACUUUACCAAUGUCUGACUCCUCAGUCAUAUCACUUUGCACUAAUGAGAGAAUAAAUAGAAUUCAUCAUUACAUUUUGGUACAGUAGAAGGAAAAACUUAUGAGGAAUAAAGAUGAGUAAGUAAAUGUAUAAAUUGGUAAAUGAAUAAAACAAGUUUUAAAACGAGACAAAUUCCAAUGGAAACUAAUGUCUUAUUGCACCUUUUAGCCUGUUUCACAGGUUUCUUCUGUACUGUGUUUUCAUUCUCUGCACAGCAGUGUAUUUGGUGUAUAUUUUCUCUGAAUUUAAUUGUAAUAUUUUCGGAGCAAUAAAAUGUUCUGCACAUAGGGUGUUUGUCAGAAUUUUCAUAUAAAAUUACAAUUAUAAUAUAUUCGAUUUUUUUCUUUUAACUCUGGGCUUCUUUGAGAUGUAUCUGUAUAGUUCCAUUUGUUUUUAUUUUUAUGUUUUUGUUUGAAAAGUGUGUCUGUAUUUUGAAUGUUUUUGUUUAA